GUGAGUUGAGGAUCGAGUCGAUUCGGUAGCUCUAGUUGAAGAGGAAGGGGAGUUUUCCGUUAUUUGGAAUCGUUUGAAAACACUUUUCAAUACUUACGGUUACUUCUCAUUAUCAGCAAUUGGAAAUUCUUCAAACCACCAAUUCUUUCCUUUAGACGAUCGAUAACACCAGCGGUUUCAAGUUCAUUUGACAGAAUUUCUUCCAUGAAAAUGAGGUAGAAACUUAACACUUGCGGCCAGGAAAGUUUGAUUUCGUAUGCGUCAAAGCCAGUUGGUGGUGUGAAGCACCCUGAAAGGAUAAUUAAACUUUAAAUAACCAGACUCCUGUGACUUAACACCUCAGAUACCAACCACCGGGUCAGUAUCAUUCAUCUUGGUGGGAGACGAUCGAGAAGCUUUUCAUGAGUUGCAUGUCCCAUGCAUGAUCUGAACACUAUUAGCUGUCAGUGUAUGUGGAAGUUGAAAUUCUACGCGCUUUACUUGCUGGCGACGUUUGCGCAGGCUGAGAUCACUGUUUCGUGCAGACAGCGGACAUUUACUCGACCAAAACAAAUCCCCUUUUGAUCUGUCCUCGACGCCUGGAAGAACAGGCUUUUGAUGCAAAACAGCCCUGGCGAAGCAAACACCGCAAACAUCGUACGCACCAGUCAUGACGGACAAUCUGGCCCUCGUCAUAACUUUCGUGUUUUUGUCAGCUUUAAUCGUCGCUGCUAACUUGACAGUUUGUGUUAUUGUUUAUCUACGAAAGAGCAUGCGGACUUACACCAACGGGUUCGUGGUAUCGCUUGCGUUCAGCGAUCUUUUGAUUGGAAGUGUGUUAAUUCCUGCCGCGCUGGUCUCUCCUCAUUCAGUCGAGAUGGGUUACUUGAUUUCUAUCACGCUUCUGUCAGGUGUUUUUAAUCUUGUUUCUGUGACCUUCGAUCGCUACGUCUCUGUUUUAAAAGCAUUGCAGUACGAGAAUAUCAUGAGGAGCGCUUUUAAAGGAAUACUCGUCGCAAGCUGGUUAUUUUCCUUCAUUAUCUCUUUAAUUCCUUUAAUUUGGGGAACGAACACGACCGUGCUUGCGCAUAAGAUCUACGUUGUCAGCGAAAUUGGACUGUGCGUGUUACUACCCUACGUGUUCAUUUUUGUAGGAUACGUACGAAUCUUCACGCAGGUGAAAAGAAGUGUCGAACGCGAGAGAGCCAUCACUGCCUCGGUGAGGAAAAAUUUACAACGGAAGAGCAAGAUUUCUUCAGAGGGAAAGCUCGCUCAGGUCUUUAUAAUAGUAGCCGUUAUGUUUGUUGUAAGUUGGCUUCCUAUCCAAUAUAUGACAGUCGUUCACGAAAUAGGACGUCCUGAGCUCAUCCCGAACGAUCUCGAAAUCGUUUCGUUAUUUACGAUCGCUCUUGGCUCGCUUAUAAACCCACUGGUAUACUCCUUUCUUAAGCCGGACUUUCGUAAAGCCAUCCGACAUGUCUUAAAUUACCGAAGAGAUCUCCGCCGAGGACGUUUGAGAGGAAGUUUAUCAACGCCGGCCAGUUGCAAAUCACAAACCACAAAUUCGAGUUGUAAAUCACGUCUUUCCCAGAAAAACGAUACUACUUUUGUGUAGUCAUCUCGUAAAUCCACAGAAGACCGGUUGCAUGUUGGUGAUAUUCGUUUUGGACAUUGUGCACAAUAUUGGUUGGUAAACAUAAAUUUAGGAUAACAACUUCCUUUCAUUCAUUCUUAAAUCUUAAAGCUCGGAAAACAACAGUUAUAGACUUUGGGGUUCUGCAAGAGGAUCAGUUACCUUCGAAAUUUAUACCCCUAAUUGAAUUAUUUUUCCCUCUUCCCUCUUAAUACUUUAUAAUUCGCCAAAACAAUUUCGUUCCAAGAAAUUUACGGAGUUUUGUUUGUGUACGUUGGAGGCUAGAUUGAGAAAAACCUUAUUUAUUCAAUUAUGUUUCGGUUUCACCUCAAAUAUUCAGGCUUAAAAAAAAAAGAAAAAAAAAAGAAAAAAAGUCAUUGUGUAGGGGUCAGAAGCAGGGAUUAUUUCCUUAUAAAUUUAUGCCUUAAUUGAAUUAUAUUUCCCUCUUAAUAAUUUAUUAUUUGUCAACUUUGCGUGAAGUCCACGAUAUUGCACGCUUUCUUAUUUAUACUGAGUUUCCUCGGGCUUUUGGCCAAGAAACAAGAGCUAAAAGCUUUUUUUUUCCCUUUUAAGAAACGCUUAACGUGGUGAUUUGGGGAUCAAAAUUAGUCGCCGAAGGAAGUUCACUGGCGUUAAUAACUUUACUCGCCCUAAAAUUUAAAUAAACUUCUUUCGGGUGA